AUUUUCAGGAAUUCUUGUGGAUAUCCUCAGGAGAACAGUAAGUCGUUGGCCUCGAACAGUUGCAUGUUUUUACACCCCAACAAUAACUUUAGCAUUUGCGAUUUUAUGGUUGACAACUCUCAGGAAGGGAGGUUGUCGCGAAAACGAAAGAAACUGAAGGAAACUUUCGAAGAGUCGUGUGGCGAAGAAUCGCAUUGCUUGUUUACCCUUAGUCACGUAUGCCAUUUGGAGGAUACGCAGUGCACAAGCAGUGGUCUGGUCGCUUCCACGUCAGAAUUUUCUCCUAACGUUGACUCCAAUACUGUUGCAAAGUAUACGGCAGUAUCAAUCCUGUCUUCAAAGGUCUGCUUAUUGAAAUUGAUGCGGUGUCGCCCGCUAUCGUCGGUUGUGGACAGUCAGCUGAAAAGACGUUUCAAAAGUGGCAACUAUUGCGGUAAAACCCGUUCAUAAACUGGAAAAUAGCAUAAAAACAUUAAUUUGGAAUGACUUCACUUGUAGCAGUUGUUUGGGUAUUUUUUAGAUUACAGAUGGAUUUAGUGACUUUUAUUGUCAUGCUAACUGACAUGUUGGAUUUUGUAGAACUUUUCGUUGAUGUUGGGAUAAAGUAGAGAAGACACACAGUAGAAAAAAAAUUUUUUUGAUUUCUUGAACACUCUCUAGAUCAUUUUAGAUAAUCAUUUGACAGGUUUUCCACGGAGUUUAUUCAUCAUAAAAUUGAACGGAAAUGGCUAUCAAUAUCAACCGCAGCGUACUCGAUCCCUUUUACCGUUACAAAAUGCCCCGUCUACAAGCCAAGGUCGAAGGCAAAGGCAAUGGAAUCAAAACUGUCAUUGCAAACAUGACCGAAAUUGCCAAAGCUCUUGAGCGUCCACCAACUUAUCCAACUAAGUAUUUUGGGUGUGAAUUGGGUGCGCAAACCAAUUUUGACAUGAAAAAUGAACGUUUUAUCGUGAACGGCGAGCAUGACGCGGCCAAACUGCAAGAUAUUCUCGAUGGUUUCAUCAGAAAGUUUGUGCUAUGUGCAGCAUGUGAGAAUCCUGAAACUACUUUGAUUGUGAAAAAAGGCCAGAUCCAUAGUAAAUGCAAAGCGUGUGGAAAUACUUCACUCAUCGAUCCUAAGCAUAAGCUGUCGACAUUUAUCAUGAAGAAUCCACCGAAAGUGGAUGAGAAGGAAAAGAAAGAAGGUGGUAACAGUGGUUCGACAGACAAUUCGGUAAUAGAUGGGGAAAUUCCGAGUGAUAAAGAUUUGAAUGGAAGUGCUUCGGAUAAUCUUGAUGAUGAUUGGGCAGAGCCAAUUGAAGAUCCGGCUGGAGGAGUUUCUGCACAAAUUGGUAAACUGAUAAUUAGCAGAGAUCUCGACAAGCCAAUUGAAGAGCGGCUUGAUAUGCUUCAUCAAUAUUUCCUGAAAGCUAAAGCCGAUGGCACACUUCAGAAUAGUAAGAAAUUGCUAAAUGAAGCGGAAAGAUUGGAGCUGAAAUCAAAAGCUGCUCUUUUGUUGGCCGAUGUUUUAUUUGAUACAAACGUUGUCAGUCAGAUCGUGGAAUAUCGGAACAUCCUUCUGCGUUUUACUGUUAACGACCACAAGGCUCAACGCCAUCUUCUAGGUGGCAUUGAACAACUCAUUUCGAAACAUUUCGACACUUUGUUUCCGAAAUCAGCCCACAUCAUUAAAGCACUUUAUGACAACGAUGUGGUGGAGGAGGAAGUUCUUCUUGCCUGGGGUGAAAAGCCGACCAAGAAGUAUGUUAAGAAGAAAUUGUGUGCGGAGAUAAUCGGUAAAGCGCAGCCUGUUUUGGAUUGGUUGAAGAAUGCAGAGGAAGAUGAAAGCGACGAUGAUGAUGAAGACGGAGCUAUUGAGUUUGAUGAUCGCGCCCGAAAGGUGGGGACAGUUGAAAUGGAUGCGGCAAAGACGACGAAUGGCACUGUGCAAAUUGAGAAGAUCAAAACUGGGGAUGAUGGUGAAGAGGUUGACAUUGACGAUAUUUAGAACUGAUUAAUCUUUCGUCAUGAAAGGUGUGUGAAAAUUGUCUGUUUUUCUUGCCAUUAGAAGGUAAAAAUUCUCCAUGUUUUCUUAUUUAGAUAUGCAGAGUUCUAUUUGAGUAAUGAGAUAAAUUCCAUUAUUGUAUGCCGUACACACCAUCUUCGACUUUCUGUCCUUUUUGUACUAUUCUUUUUUUUCAUUUGGUACUCUAAUGAUUUUUUUCGGCACUCCAUAUUCUUACCAUUGAUCUAAAUUUUGUCCGGAAAAUGUCUUUUUUUGAAAUGUCAUUACUGAAUUAUUUGCUUCCAUAUCCUUUUUUAUUUAAACUGUAUGAGGAGGAAUCUGACGAAAGAAUUGAGCUGUUCUAUGAAGCGAUGAAGUUUUUCCCACGUUGAUGGCAGAAUAAUCAGAUUUUCAAAAUCUGUUUUUAAAGUCACUGAUUUUCCUACACUUUCUGGAUUCGAGUGACGAAUAAUAACACUGUUGACAAGAAUGCAGGAUCUAGUUUGUUACGAUAUCCAAAUAAAAUGAGCAGUCGA